GCCACACACACGGCUUUUACAGACCGCUGCACAGCUCCGCCGGGACACAACCGAACGCACCUCGUCGCGCGCACCUCACCGCCAUGGAUCUCCACCGGAGCCGCGUAAUAAACCAAAUGGACUACAGUCGGGAGGACAAGGAAGGGAAGCCGUCCCCGUCGACGGAGGAGCGGCUCGACAGCGGCCUGGACUCGCUGAAGGAGGAGGAGUACCAGGCAGUGGCCGCCGAGGUCUGUCGGCUGCGGGUGGACUGUGAGCCGACGCAGCACACGCCGUGUCCCGCCGCGGACGCACAGCUGCACAGAUGGAAAACAGAGACCACGGAGGACGGAGACACGCUGCUCCACCUCGCCAUCAUCCACGAAGCCAAAGACCACAUGAAAACAAUGAUCGACCAGUCCAAAAACGCCGAGUUCCUCAACCGACAAAAUGACCUGAGACAGACUCCUCUCCACCUGGCCGUGAUAACGAAUCAGGCAGAAGUGUGUCAGCACCUCCUGCAGUUUGGCUGUGACCCCACACUGGUGGACAACAGGGGGGACACGCCGCUUCACAUUGCGUGUCGCCACGGCAACCUGCUGUGCUUCAGCGUCAUCACACAGAACUGCCAGAAAGAGCAUCUACACACAAUGAUGGCAGCCUGCAACUAUCACGGUCUUAACUGCCUGCAUCUGGCUUCAGUUCAUGGUUUUCUCUCACUGGUGGAGAGCAUGGUGGAACUAGGAGCUGACAUUAAUGCAAAGGAGCAGCAUAACGGUCGCAGUGCACUGCAUCUGGCUGUAGACCAGCAGAACCUCAGACUGGUCAAGUUGCUGCUUGAAAAAGGAGCGGACCCAAACCUGCUGUCCUCAGGGGGACACACCCCCUACCACCUCACCUAUGGUUACGGCAGUGUUGACAUAAGGCAGGAGCUGUACUCGCGAACCAACCCUAACCUAAGGGAGCUGCCUGAGAGUGAGUCCGAUGACAGCGAGGAAGAGGAGGACAUGUCUGAUGAGGAGGUGGUUUAUGAUGAUAUUCAGUGGAAUGGACAUUAGCAGGAACAGAGAGAGGAAGUUACAGGGGCCGGAGGCUGUGAUGGUGACGCCAGGAGACAGGAGAAAUGGCCUGGCUCUUCCACUGCUUCCUGCCAUGACGUCACCGGAGCCCAAGAAUGUCACAUGAUGCAGACAUGAACGCUGACAGUUGGACAGGCAGCCGGCCAGAUCAAUCAACGACAGUUCUAUGCUGCAGGAGAGCCAAUGCGCAACUUAAUAUUAUGACACAUUGUGGUGGCAUUGCUGUGUAAGAGCAUUGCUUGUAUUCUGGACACUGCAAAUCAUUGUCACGAAAACAUCCAUCCACACAAACCAACCUGCAACAGCUCUGUUGUAUGAUAUUGUAAAUGCUGUGUAUACAAAGAUGUAUUUUUUAUGGAAGCUGUGAUGUGUACAGUUGAGCAAGUUGUAUAUGUUUAAACAGCAAACAGUCCGGGACACUCCAGUUAAAUUAAAAGUUAAAUUAACAGGUCGA